AUGUUGCUAAGAGAGUUGUUCACCUUUCUUGUCUCUUUUUUUUGCUUCCUCCGCGACAGCGAUUAUUUAUUUAAGUUGCUGCUCAUCGGAGAUUCCGGAGUGGGGAAAUCCUGCCUCCUCCUACGAUUUGCGGAUGACACCUACACGGACAGCUACAUUAGCACCAUCGGAGUGGACUUCAAAAUCCGGACCAUCGAGCUGGAAGGAAGGACCAUCAAGUUGCAAAUUUGGGACACAGCUGGCCAAGAGCGCUUCCGAACCAUCACCUCCAGCUACUACCGAGGCGCGCACGGCAUCAUCAUUGUCUACGAUGUGACGGACCAGGAUUCGUUCAACAACAUGCACCUUUGGCUGGAGGAAAUUACUCGCUACGCCAGCGAGAACGUCAACAAGCUGAUUGUAGGGAACAAGAGUGAUCUUUCCAGCAAGAAAGCCGUGGAUUAUACAACCGCCAAGGAAUACGCCGACUCGCUGGCCGUGCCCUUCCUGGAGACCAGCGCCAAGAACGCCACCAACGUCGAGCAGGCUUUCUUGACCAGCGCCGAGAUCAAGAACAGGGUCAGCAGCGGCCCGACGCAGGACAGCCACAAAUCGGCCGUCCACAUCCAGAGUUGCCCGUUACGGCAAGACGGCGUGGGGGCCGGCGAAGACGCGGGUAGAGGAUGCUGCUAAGAGGCCGCCGUCCCUGGAGGGCAGAGUUUGGGGGUGUGUGUGCCUGGGAAGGGGGCCAUGCCAGCCCUGGGAAGCCCCCCCCCCCCCCGCCUCCACCUCGCCUGCAGACUCGGAAUCUCAAAAUGGAGCAUCUGAACAUAACAUGACUUUCGGCGCCGGCUUCAUUCCACUUUUCUGGACCUUGUCCAGAGGGCUGACCACUGUCCUGUCCAGCCGUGGUCAUCUUGCCCUCCAGAAAGCAGCCAAGUUGGAGCACACAUUCAGAAGAACCUCACAGUCCCUCCUCCCUACAACCCAGGUUUCCUGCUUCAGCAGGGGGUUGGACUAGAAGACCUCCAAGGUCCCUCUCAACCUCCGUUAUUCUGUUAUACAUACCGCAUGCCCUCUGUUACAUUUCGCGUUGGGGAUCGCAGCCCACUCCUCUUGUUUCUUCAAUACCGCCCCCCGCACCCUUAUUUCAUGGUUGAAGACCCUUAGGGGACCCCUGAAAUGAUAGUCACCCCUCUUCUCUCCACCCCUUUCUUGAGGGGGGGCAGUUUUCUCCUCACUUGGGGGGACAGAAAUCAUUUGGCAAAUAUUUCUCGAUAGUUCUAACGGCCGUAAUCCCCUAAUUCGGGAAUGUUUUGAAUUUGCUCUCCCCUCCACCCCUUUUCCAUCAUUUGCCAGCUUCCCUAGGAUUUAAGAUUCCCUAAGGGAAAAAGCUAAGGUUUUGAAUUAAAAAUGGUAGGAAUGCAUGGUUCUACUUAACAUACACCAGUAUUUUUUUCAAGCUAGGCCAUUUCCAGAUGCGUGGACAACCUGGCUGGGGAAUUCUGGGAAUUGAAGUUCACACAUCUGGAAAUGGCCUAGCUUGAUUUUUCUAGUGUAAAUAUGCCCAAAAACUGAAGCGCCCCCAAAUUUAUGGGAAGAAUAUCGAUUCAGAAACCCCAGAAUUCCCACAAACCUUUUCUUAGUAAUAAAAGUCCUAAACUCAGCAAGAUAAAUACCAGCCAGGGGGAAAAAAAACAGAUAUUAAAUCCCUGUUCAGCAGAUCUACAAACCUGAGAUUCACACCGCUUUUUGAAUACUAACAUAGCCUUUUUUUUUAAACCUACAAACCCCUUUUCCUGGGUUAUUUUUAUCCCUGCAUCACAAGGGUGCAAAGAAAGUCAUUUUAGUCAUAUUUAGGUUUUUAUUUCCAGCUCACUGGCCCUGUUUUUUUCCUGCCUCCAAGAAAUCAUAGGACUGAAUGAGUCAGAGAGUUUAACUUCUCCCCAGCAGAGUGACUUCAUGGCUUGUUUAACCUCCUUGUUUUAAAGAGAAAAAAAUAAUACAUCUUUUUAAAGUCCAGGCGCUGGUUUGAAUCGUACCUUAACAGAGCGACACGCUAAGCCCUAAACAACAAACCAAGGUUACAGAUGAAAGGCCAACUUUAAGAGAAAGCACAAUUGCAUGAUUUGUAACUACUCGAGUUAAGGGGUUUUUGCGAAUCCAUCAGCCAGCAGUUCAGGCAAGUUGGUUGCUCGGAGGAUGAGGGUGGUGUAAGCAGGAAGGGAAAGAGCCACAUGCCUGUUCAGCUCGUCACAUGGAAGAAGUCUUGUGAGAGCUGCAAUUUGUACAUGCAAAAUGUUUCUCUUUCAUUCAGGUCCAUAGAUUUGGGAUCCGUAUUCCUUUAAUCUGCCCACAAAAGCCGAAUUGUUGGAAAGAUUUAUUGCUCCUGUGUGAACUUUUUUUAAGUUUUUCAUCCCAAAUGUUGUUGUGCUGCAUUUAAUGAAGACGUGAAGUCAGGUUUCAAGAGGUGUGGACUUCAAACUCCCAGAAUUCCCCAGCUGGUGUGCUUUUAAGAUGUGUGGACCCAGCAAUUCUCCACUGGGGAAUUCUGGGAGUUGAAGUCCAUCCCUCUUAACAUGGCCAAGGUUGAAAAAAUUCUGCUUUACGUGGUUUCAAACACAGUUUUUAAGAUUUGCUCCAGCAACUGCGGUCUGUAGGUCUGAAAGCAUCCUUUAAGAAUAGGGGAUUCUUUCGAAGGGAGGAGCAAUACAGACCUUGCUAGAGAAGAUCUCCCCAAGGCUUAAGAAAUCUGUGCCUUCUGUUGAGAAGCGACAGUGGAUCCCAGAGAGAUUCUGGCAGGUAAGGAAGUCCCGCUGGAACCACGUAAUCUGCCCACUUUACCUUCCGCCACACAAGACCCAUUUUGCAUCCAAUAAUGCAGCUGGUGCACAGGCCAAUUGGGAGCACAAGUUGGGGGGGGGGGGGCUGUGCUGGCAGACCCCAUUUGCAUGACUUCUGAUCUAACUGCCCCCUUUUUAGAUCCGCUAUGAUUUUUUAGACCCACCAAAUCUCAUGUCCUCCCAGCCUUUAAAAACCCUUGUAGUAACCAAAUGCUGUUGCCCUUGGCCCCUUAACCAUGUUGUAUGUGUUCAAUAAACCCAUUUCUCCCCCACGCCUGGCUCUCUAUAGGUCAGUAAGGGAGAAAUCCGGGGGUCUCCCCUGGGUCUGCAGAAGUGGGGCUGGCUGGGAGGGUGAGGAUGCCGGGGGGGGGGGGGGGGGCUGGAUCCUGAUUUAAGGUCAUUCAACCCCAAGGCCUCUCCUCUGGGUCUCCUGCAGCAAUGCAGAUGCUCCUGGUUUGCCUGUCAUGCUCCCAUCAAUGCUGCAACAUCCCCAGUAGAGCCCUAUCCACCCAUUUAUCGAUCUAAUGAUCAUCUAUCUUAUCCAUCAUCUUUCAUCAUUUGUAUCUAUCAUGUAUUAUUGAAUAAAUCCUUCUAUCCAAUCAUUCAUCCAUCCACCCUCCACAUCUAGCAUCAUUCUAUA